AUGUUUUUAUUCAGUGACGCCCAGAAUAUAUGUUUGAUAUUUGUUUGCUUUGAGGAUUUAUUGCAGAUUUGUGAAAGUGUACUGAAUGAGCGAGAUACAAAAAUAAUCCCAUUGAAUGAGCUUAACGGACUGUUCUACCUCAAUUCAUCGUUAAUCCCAAUUCAUUUGGAUACCCUCGAUCGUCUCAAUGCCAUUCUCCGAGGUACUGGUGUUUUUCACACGUAA